CGCAGAUGGUGUUAAAAUCAGUCAUCAAAAUGCAUGUCGCCAAAAACGCCGGCGUGGCCGCUCUCAGGCUUCUCUCUGCUGAUAUUAUCUCGGUGGAUAAAUCGUGGUUCAGACGACCCGUUAACUCCGAUCCGUUUGAUGAAACAUGGCGGUAGCUACUGGAGUUUUUUACAAUCACGGAAUUAUGCUGCGAGGAAAGGUACCAGAGAAAAAGCCAGGAAGAAAAAAGUCAAGGUAGUCAUUGAGAAAGUGGGCUUUAUUCCACAUAACUUGAGAGCAGCAAAAGAUGUGGCUAAAAAAAAGAAGAUCUUAUCCUUGGAAGAUAUCGCAGAAAAUGAUAGUAAAAAGAGUGAAGCAGUAGAUAAUGUAUGGAUUAUAAAUCAACAUAAAUGGAAAGUCUAUUCAUUCGAAGAAGCGGUGCAGGUUCAUCGUGAAAUGCAUCACCCCACUAUGCAUAACUCACCAAAUGCAUUUAUAAAAGCAUUUAUAGAAUUGGAUAUGCAGGGUGUGAAAAAAACAAAAUUUGUUGAGACUUUCUCAAAAAUAGCAUGUAUACCAAAUAAAUUUGAACAUGGCCAAGUGAGGAAAAUAUUGGCAUUUUGCAAAAGUCCUGAAAUGCAAGAUCUUGCGAGAGACACUGGUGCCCACUUAUGUGGUGGUAAAGAGUUAAUAAAACAGGCUCAGCAAGGAGUUUUCUCAGUGAAGGAAUAUGAUAUCAUUAUAUCAGAACCAAGUUUGUUACCAGAUUUGCUAUUAAUUAGAGGCAUUUUGAAAAGAAAAUUUCCUAGCACUAAACUGGGUACUUUGGGUAAUGAUAUAAAUGCGCUUGUUAUGAAAUUUCUAAAUGGUGUGAAGUAUACAGUAAAACCACACGACCUGCUAAAGUCUUAUGGCACAACUGAUGUUAUAUUCGGGACGCUUAAUAUGGAUGUGAAACAGUUGGAAGAAAAUCUCGCUGCUGUUAUCACUGAUAUUAACGAUGCGAAGCCACAUCGGCCGGGACCUUUCAUCACAAGAGUCCGCCUUAUGAGUCUACCCUUGCCAGAAAUGUGUAAAAUUGAAUUUGAGCAGUAUUUAUCGACAGAUAAAAUAGCCGUAAAAGAAGAAGAAGAAGAAGAAGAAGAAGAAAAAAGAGAAAAAGAAGAUACACAAGAGGCUGUCAUUGCGUCUCAUUAAUCGCUCGUAGAGACACCAAUAGAAUAAAAAUUAGUUAUAUAUAUAUAUAUAUAUUUUUUUUUUUUAAAUAAUAAGAACCUUUGUUUCCCUCCUGUUAUCGCCAUUACUUACCAAUACAUACGAUUUAUAUAAAAUAAUCAUAUACACUUCAAAGCUAUAUGUAAAUCAGUUGACCUACUUACAGAGAGAUUACGCUUCUCAUUUUUUUAAUGAGUUUUCGACACAUUAAUAUCAAAAUGUUUGUAAAUUUUGUAAAUUGCAUAUCGUACCACAUAUACUCCUCUAACUAUCUACAGUAUGAUUCUACUUUUUAUUCUGCAUUCUGUGUUAAAUUAUUUUGGCGUGAGAUAUAUUGCUACAUUUAUAUAUUAUUAUCCAUAACGCUACAUAAUCCGAAUGCGAUGAUCCUUCAUCGAAAGAUACAUGAUUAUACAGGACAUAAUCUCAUUAACGCCAAUCACGCAACUUGAAAACACAAUGAUUAUGAUCCGCUGCUUGUGCUUUAAUAAGUCACGGUAGUGCGAUGAUAGAGAGGGGAACAGACACGGCGCUAUAGUUCCCGGUGCCUCAAGCAAACAUGCUGGGUUUCUUUGAUAAGUUCUUACGGAUUCUUGCAAGAAACUCAAAACUGAUACCUCUAUAAUCAAGCGCUUAAUUUUUCUCGUUCUUCUUUGACGACCCGUCGUCGUCGAAAAAACAGUCGAAAUACAAUAUCAAAUAAA